AUGGCCGGCGCGGAGUGCACGCUUUCUGAGGCUGACAAGGUGCGCAUCGCCUCGGACUUUCUGCUCCAUUCGCCGCCCGGCGAGUUCAAUGAUACGUUCAACUCGGUGCGCAUGCUGCUGAACAACGACACGCUGCUGAAGGAGGGCUGCGCGCCGGCUUUUGGCCAAUACAACAAGGAGCAGUUCGUGCCGGUGAAGCUCGACGGGAUUGAGCGCCAGACUUUGAUCACUCCGUUCAACGACCUUGGCAAUGGGCGCUUUGUGGAUGACGCUUCUAACAAGACGUUUCGAUUCGAUCAUCUAAGAAAGGAAGUCAGCGAUGUUCAGCCGAUUGAACCACUCGAGCACACUGUGGAGCUCUGGAGAAAGGCGCUACAAGCGGAACUAGACGCCUACGUAGAUGACCACUUUGCGCGCAACGGCGUCGGCUGUGUGUUCGCCCGCAACGGCAACAUUGUUGUUUGCAUUGAGAGCCACCAGUUUCAGCCGAAGAAUUUCUGCAAUGGGCGCUGGCGCUCGCACUGGACGGUCCCCGUUGGGGAUGGGAAAUCCGGAUUCCAGGAGCUAAAUGGACGCGUGAAAGUGCAGGUUCAUUACUACGAAGACGGCAACGUGCAGCUGUUUUCUGAGAAGGAGAUCUCCACGAAGGUCCAGAUCACGGCCGAUUUCGAGAAAACUGCGAAAGAUGUUAUGGCUGCCAUCCUGAAGGAAGAGGCCGGCUACCAGCAAGCGGUCCUUGACAACUACGUGGCCAUGAGCGACUCUACUUUUAAGGCACUCCGCCGCCAACUGCCCGUGACGCGAUCAAAAAUGGAUUGGGUGAAGAUUCCCGGGUAUAUAACCGAUGCGAACGAUCCGAACAUGAACGACACGGCGGCUUCGGACAAUUCGACACUGCUCAGCGAUAUUCUCGGCUCAAACGCGACCACUUCCGGCUCCACAUCUACGACUUUGUCUACGACAACACUCCCGCCGUCCACUACUACGACGCUAGAUAUUAUCUCAUCGACGUCGAUCCCUCGGCAUGCGGACGGCUCCUCUGUGACCCUGUUUCUCUUCUCAUUCGUCCUAUUCAUUGUGGCAAUCGCCCUCAUUGCAAAAGUGCUGAUCAGCAAAAAGAAGCGACGUGACAUUAUCGGCGGAACGGCCCGGUGGAGGCUUUCGGCAAGUUCGCAGAGCGGUGCGCCGAUGCAGACGAGUGCAGCCUACGCGCCCGUCAACGGGCAACGCGCCCAAAAUUUCCGGAAUCCGAUGGACGCCGGUGGGGGCGAGAAUCGCCUGGAUUGGGAGCGCCAAUUCUUCGCCGACCCUGACAACUCAUCGCAAGAACAAUCGCGACUACGGCUGGAUUUCAACCGAAUG